UUCUUCGAGGAGUUGGCGGAGGAGGAGAAACCCCCCCCCAAAAUUGAGCCCCCCCCCGGCCCCCGACAGGGAGGGGCCCCCCCAGGGAUCUCGCCGGAAGCGAGAGCGCCGGAAGGAGCCGCGGCCCCGCCCGGGGGCGGAGCCUGAACCCGAGGAGGCGGAGCUUCAGCGGCGGCUCCAGGCCCUGGCGGCCGCGGACUCCGAGGAGGAGGAGGAGGAGGAAGUCGUGGCCCCCCGGAAAGGAGGGAGGAGGAGGAAGGGCGGGAACGUGUUCGCGGCGCUGAGUCGGGAGCAGAGCGAGGAGGACGAGGAGGAGGAGCAGAAGAGGGGGGAGGAAGGCUCCAGACCCCCCAAGGGCAAGAACAACAAGCAGGAGGAAGAGGAGGGCGAGAGGAAGAAGAGGAAGGGCCACAAGAACGAGAAGGCCAAGGGGAAGCAGAAGGGCAAAGCUCCCAGUGAGGAUGAGGCCGAAGGCUCCGAGGAGGAGGCGAAGCCCAAAGGGGGGAAGCAGAACAAGUUCCUGGCUCUGAGGGGGGAGGAGGAGGAGGAGGAGGAGGAAGAAGAGGCCGAAAAGCCCCGGAAGGGGAGCGAGGGGGUGAGUGGAGACCCCCCCGAGGGGCUUUGGGGGG